UAUGGUGCAGGAUUGCUGAAAGUCCCGGAAUUGAAUUACACAACCAUAUUCUGAGACAGUCACAGGAUUUGUUUUUUUUUUUUUUUUAAUUCCUACUUCCUGAAACUGAUGCCAUUUAUGAGAAACAGUGUAUUUCAGAGAGGCUGUACCAGAAUUCACUCUGCUCCGAGUUAGAUUUGCUGGUCUUAAAGUAUUUUUCCUCUUCAAGAUAAAAGGAAUUCUUCUAAAUCAGGAAUGGAUUAAAAUCCAAUGAACCCAAACUUUGGGUUGCUUUUGUCGCUUAGGACCUAACACGGAAGACUGGAGUAUAUGCAACUACCAUGACAGCAAUGAAUUCUGCCUUAUUAGAGUCAAGAAAGUCUUUAGAGAAGCAUCUUUAUAACCUAAGACUUGAAAACUGAUGAGUUUAUUAGAUAAAAAUGGGGAGAGGAACUUUCAUUCAUUCAUUCAUUUAUGUGUCCAUUAACAACUUCUACAGUGUGCUGGUCACAGCAUGAGAUGAGACACUGAAAUGAAAAAAAUGAGUGAGACACUGUGGUCAUCCACAGGAGUCACAGUCUACUGGGAAACAGUUAAGUAACUGAAUUAUGACAAAGCAUGAUGUCAGAAUCUGCCAUAGAGUUGAAAACAGAGUCCUGGGGUCACCAUUCCAGAGUACUAAGGGCAAGUUCACAGUGGCAGAAGCUACACUGAUGGCAGGUAGUGCUGAAUAUGGCAGCUUGGACCCUCCACGCCAAGUUCAGGAGUUUGGGUUUCAUACUAUAGGCAACAAUGUACCAGGAGUUUCUAAGUAGGAAAGUAACACAGUCAGUUCUGCUUUCUAAAAACCUAUCUGGGCAGCACACGAAGCAUAAACAAUGGGAACUGGGAAAGAGACAAGUGGCAGGAAGACCAGCCUGGAAGCUAGUGGUCCAAACUAAAGAGAGAGAAAGCCUGAAACAGGCAGCAAGAAGACAGACUGAGAAGCAAAGACCAUAUUUAUGAGCCUGAUAUUUCAUGGAUAUUGGCAGAAGACAUGAAACUCCUGGGUCAGAGACAAAGGGUUUUAGUACCCAUAGUAUAUCAAGCAGCAUGAACAUCAUGCUGACAUCUGCUCCUCAUGUCCUCCAAGUCCCACUGGAGUAGUAGUGAGUGGGCCAAUGGAUGCCGUGCAUGCAGUCAGUGGGUUUGUCUCUAUUGCAGUCAAGGAAUGCAAUAGAGAGAGCCACUGCUUUUACAAAAAGCCUGCUCUUUGUCCCAGUGAGAGACAUGACCUCAUUCCUCAAAGAUGCUGCAAAUUCUAAUAAAUUCCCAGGUCCCCAGUCCUACAAGUCCAAGCAAGUGGGCCAAGAGAUUGCAGCAAAGGAGAGGUGCCAGAGAGGAAUCUUAUCUUCUGUCCUGGUUUCUCCGGCUUUCCUCCUGCCUGCAAAUUGAACACAGGGGAACUGACAUCCUGAGACCUGAUUGCACAUCCUCGGACUCAACCAACCAUGGAUUGAAAAUAUUUGAAUAAAGAGAUAAGCAGAAAAUGGUGGAUAGGAGUCCGGACUAACUUGCAGCUCCCACUCGGAUGGACAGAACAGCAUGCAGAGACCCACACUGUGAACUUUUACUCCAAGAACCACCACAGGAACAUACCAAGAAAGCCCAGAGAAUCCACAGACCCUUUGAAGGAGGUAGAUUGCCGCUGCAGGCUCUGUGGGACAGCCGAGGAACUGUAAUUGAUCACCCUAGACCCAGGGACACCCAAUUCAUCGUAAUCAUCAUGAAUAAUCAAAAAGCGGUAGCUGCGCUACUGCAAGAGUGCAAGCAAGUGCUGGACCAGCUCUUGUUGGAAGCGCCAGAUGUGUCGGAAGAGGACAAGAGCGAGGACCAGCGCUGCAGAGCUUCACUCCUCAGCGAGUUAAGGACCCUGAUCCAGGAGGCAAAGGAAAUGAAGUGGCCCUUCGUACCUGAAAAGUGGCAGUACAAACAAGCCGUGAGCCCAGAGGACAAAACAAACCUGAAGGAUGUGAUUGGCGCCAGGUUGCAGCAGUUACUGGCGUCCCUGAGGGCCUCCAUCCUCGCUCAGGACUGUGCGGCUGCGGCAGCUAUUGUGUUCUUGGUGGACCGGUUCUUGUAUGGGCUCGACGUCUCUGGAAAACUUCUGCAGGUCGCCAAAGGUCUCCACAAGUUGCAGCCAGCCACCCCAAUUGCCCCGCAGGUGGUUAUUCGCCAAGCCCGAAUCUCCAUGAACUCAGGAAAACUUUUAAAAGCAGAGUAUAUUCUGAGCAGUCUAAUAAGCAACAAUGGAGCAACGGGUACCUGGCUGUACAGAAAUGAAAGUGACAAGGUCCUGGUGCAGUCGGUCUGUAUACAGAUCAGAGGGCAGAUUCUGCAAAAGCUAGGGAUGUGGUAUGAAGCAGCAGAGUUAAUAUGGGCCUCCAUCGUAGGAUAUUUGGCACUUCCUCAGCCGGAUAAAAAGGGCCUCUCCACGUCAUUAGGUAUACUGGCAGACAUCUUUGUUUCCAUGAGCAAGAAUGAUUAUGAAAAGUUUAAAAACAAUCCACAAAUUAAUUUGAGCCUGCUGAAGGAGUUUGACCACCACGUGCUGUCCGCCGCAGAAGCCUGCAAGCUGGCAGCUGCCUUCAGUGCCUACACGCCACUCUUCGUGCUCACAGCUGUGGUAAACAGAAAUAUCCGUGGCACAUGCUUAUUGUCAUAUAGUAGUUCAAAUGACUGUCCUCCAGAAAUGAAAAACUUUUAUCUGUGUGAAGCCAAAGAAGCCUUUGAGAUUGGCCUUCUCACCAAGAGAGAUGAUGAGCCUGUUACUGGAAAACAGGAGCUUCACAGCUUUGUCAAAGCUGCUUUUGGUCUCACCACAGUGCACAGAAGGCUCCAUGGGGAGACAGGGACAGUCCAUGCAGCAAUUCAGCUCUGUAAGGAAGCGAUGGGGAAGCUGUACAAUUUCAGCACUUCCUCCAGAAGUCAGGACAGAGAAGCCCUGUCUCAAGAAAUUAUGUCUGUGAUUGCCCAGGUGAAGGAACAUUUACAAGUUCAAAGCUUCUCAAAUUUAGAUGACAGAUCUUAUGUUCCAGAGAGUUUCAAGUGCAGGUUGGAUAAACUUAUCUUGCAUGGGCAAGUGGAUUUCCAAAAAAUCCUUGACACCUAUUCACAGCACCAUACUUCGGUGUGUGAAGUAUUUGAAAGUGAUUGUGGAAACAACAAAAAUGAACAGAAACGUGCAAAAACAGGAGUCUGUAUCACUGCUCUAAAAACAGAAACAAAAAACAUAGAUACUGUGAGUACUACUCAAGAAAAGCCACAUUGUCAAAGAGACGCAGGAGUAUCUUCCUCCCUAAUGGCUAAGAAUGUUCAGAGGGAACUCAGAAAGGGAGGAAGGAGAAACUGGACCCAUUCUGACAUAUUUCGAGUCUCCUUGGAUCAAGAUGUAGAGACUGAGACUGAGCCAUUGGACUACAGCAAUAGUGGGGGAGCUGUUUUCAACAAGUCUCUGAGUGGCAGCCAGAGCUCCAGUGUUUGGAGCAACUUAUCAGGGUUUAGUUCCUCUACAAGCUGGGAGGAAGUGAAUUAUCACGUUGAUGACAGGUCAGCCAGAAAAGAGCCUGGUAAAGAAUAUCUGGUGGACACUCAGUGUUCCACUGCCUUGUCUGAGGAGCUAGAGAAUGACAGGGAAGGCAGAGCUGUGCAUUCAUUGUGUUCAGAGCUUCAGGAUCUCUCUCUUCAGGAACCCAAAGAUGACAAUGCAGAGCCUUCUCAAAAUCAGUUGCACAAACAGAUGCCCUUAACACCCUUCCCUCCUCAUAAUAUCCCAGGUACUUUCUUGGCCUCUGGUGCAGGGCUUCUAGAAGGAGCUCCAGAAGGUAUCCAGGAAGUCAGAAAUAUGGGACCCAGAAAUACUUCUGCUCACUCCAGACCCUCAUAUGGUUCUGCUUCUUGGUCUUCUGAUUCUGGUAGGCCCAAGAAUAUGGGCACACAUCCUUCAGUCCAAGAUGAAGAAGCCUUUGAAAUAAUUGAUGAGUUUCCAGAAACCAACUGUGAUGCCAAAGACAGGCAGGAGAAAGAGCAGGGAGAAGAAAUCAGUGAAAGAGGCACAGGCCCUACAUUUAAAGCUAGUCCCUCCUGGGUUGACCCAGAAGGAGAAACAGCAGAAAGCACUAAAGAUGUACCCUUAGACUUUCACAGGGUCAUGCACAAUUCUCUGGAAAACGUUUCCAUGCUGCCAUAUAGCUCCUUCACCCCUAAUUGGCCUGUUCGAAAUUCUGACUCCAGAAAAAGUGGUGGUCCAGUCGCAGAGCAGGGCAUCGACCCUGAUGCCUCCACGGUGGAUGAGGAGGGGCAACUGCUCGACAGCACGGAUGUCCCCUGUAUAAAUGGGCACGGCUCUCAUAGACUGUGCACUCUGAGAGAGCCGCCUGGUCAGAGGGCUGAGACCCCCAAUUCCUCUGUAAGCAGUAACAUCCUCUUCCCUGUCCUCAGCGAGGACUGCACUACCACAGAGGAAGGAAAUGAGCCUGGAAAUGUGCCAAAUUGUAGCCAGAACUCCAGUUCAUCCUCAGCGUGGUGGCUGAAAUCACCUGCGUUUUCCAGCGGUUCUUCAGAGGGGGACAGUCCUUGGUCCUAUCUGAAUUCCAGUGGGAGUUCUUGGGUUUCAUUGCCGGGAAAGACAAGGCAAGAGAUCCUUGAGGCUCGCACCUUGCAACCUGAUGACUUUGAAAAGCUCUUGGCAGGAGUGAGGCAUGAUUGGCUGUUUCAGAGACUGGAGAAUACGGGGAUUUUUAAGCCCAGCCAACUCCACCGAGCACAUACUGCUCUUUUGUUAAAAUAUUCAAAAAAUUCUGAACUGUGGACAGCCCAGGAAACUGCUGUCUAUUUGGGGGACUACUUACCUGUGAAGAAAAAAGGCAGACAAAGAAAUGCUUUUUGGGUUCAUCAUCUUCAUCAAGAAGAAAUUCUGGGGAGGUAUGUUGGGAAAGACUAUAAGGAGCAGAAGGGGCUCUGGCACCACUUUACUGAUGUAGAGCGGCAGAUGACCGCACAGCACUAUGUGACAGAAUUUAACAAGAGACUCUAUGAACAAAACAUUCCCACGCAGAUAUUCUACAUCCCAUCCACAAUAUUACUGAUUUUAGAGGACAAGACAAUAAAGGGAUGUAUCAGUGUGGAGCCUUACAUACUGGGAGAAUUUGUAAAAUUGUCAAAUAAUACGAAAGUGGUGAAAACAGAAUACAAAGCCACAGAAUAUGGCUUGGCCUAUGGCCAUUUUUCUUAUGAGUUUUCUAAUCAUAGAGAUGUUGUGGUAGAUUUACAAGGUUGGGUAACCGGUAAUGGAAAAGGACUCAUCUACCUCACAGAUCCCCAGAUUCACUCUGUUGAUCAGAAAGAUGUCACUACCAAUUUUGGAAAGAGAGGAAUUUUUUACUUCUUUAAUAACCAGCAUGUGGAAUGUAAUGAAAUCUGCCAUCGUCUUUCUCUGACUAGACCUUCAAUGGAGAAACCAUGCACAUAGAAUGUGGCACAGUCUGGUCCUUUGGGGCUUGGGCAGCGCCGUGACACAGGUUCUGGCCAAUGAUUUGUGAGAGGAAUUGAUCAGUAUCACUUUAAGUCCUGCAUUUAAUCAGCAGCACGAGAUCCUGCAGAGCCUCUUUCCCUCUGCCACAGUUACCAAGAAUGUGUCAGGAGACUGCUGUUUCUGGGCAUAAGUCCUGCAAGGAAAGCAACAUGGAAAACAGCCCCAACUCACCCAUAAGGGAUGCAAAGCACUGCUGAGAAAGGCAUGUGUUGUUUAAGCCAUUGAGAUGUUAGAGCUUUUUGUCACUAUCUAUCAAGACUGAUACUACUGGGGCUUUUCCUAUUGAUUUGGAAGUUCUUUACAUAUUAAAAAAAUGUGAGCCUUUGUGAUUUGAAUUUAAUUUGUUUUUCUCUCUUUCGACAUUUAACUUUGCAUAAAAUGUUUAUCUGUGCAUAAUUUUGUGUAUAGUUGAAUUCAUCAAUCUUUUAUUUUAUAUGGCUUUUUGGUUAUAUAUAAUAUUUAGAUCUUCCUUAUACUCUGAGUUUCUUUCUUUUUAAUUCUCCCAUAUUUCCUUCUAGUAUAAUUAAAUCUGUAAAAAGUAAGAUGGAAGAGUGGUACAAUUUUCCUUAUCCAGUCUGUCCUUGAUGGGCAUUUAGGUAGACUGGAUAAAGAAAAUGUGGUACAUAUACACCAUGGAACACUAUGUGUAUUAGUCCACUCUCAUACUGCUAUGAAGAAAUACCUGAGACUGGGUAAUUUAGAAGGGAAAGAGGUUAAAGUAACUCACAGUUCCACAUGACUGGGGCGACCUCAGGAAACUUACAAUCAUGGCAGAAGGCACCUCUUCAUAGGGUAGCAGGAGAGAGAAUGAGUGCCAGCAGGGGAAAUGCCAGAUACUUAUAAAACCAUCAGAUCUUGUGAGAAUUCACUCACAAUCACGAGAACAGCAUGGGAAAAACUGCCUCAAUUACCUCCCACCAGGUCCCUCCCAUGACACAUGGGAAUUAUGGGAUUACAAUUCAAGAUGAGAUUUGGGUGGGGACACAAAGCCAAACCAUAUCACCAUGUAACCAUCAAAAAGAAUGAGAUCAUGUCAUUUGCAGGGACAUGGAUAGAGCUGGAGGCCAUUACUUUUAGCAAACUAAUGCAAGAACAGAAAACUAAAUAUCACUUUUCUCACUUAGAGGUGGGAACUAAGUGAUGAGAGCAAGUGGACACAUAGAGGCAACAACACACACCAGGGCUUAUCAGAGGGUGGAGGGUGGGAGGAGGGAGAGGAUCAGGAAAAAUAACUAAUGGGUACUAGGCUUAAUACCUGGGUGAUGAAGUAAUUCGCACAACAAACCCCCAUGACACAAACCUGCACAUGUACCGCUGAACUUAAAAUAAAAGUAAAAAA